GCAUUCAUUGUCGUUGGGAAUAUUUCACUCACUUUAGAAGCGGAGCUUCGACAAAAUUUAGUCCGGUUUUACAAUCAAACUCAAACAUUUGCACGACAAAAAAUACAUAUAUAUAUAUGAAAAAAUCUCCUCGAUUCUGAAGCGAAAAACCCCACAACGAGUAAGAAGUACGGAGCACGAUGAGCAGCUACGAUCAUGCAAUGGGCGGCGGAUAUGCAGCAGCCGCUGACUCCGAGGUCGGUGGCAUGGGCAGCAGCAGGUUUGAGUUUCGGUUCGCUGGUCCGGACUCCAUACAGAAUGCGGUGAAGCGCCACAACGACCAGCGGGCAGCCGAGCUGGCCGAGCAGAGUCGCCUGCGGGACGACUGCAAGGCAUCGAACGGUCCGAUCUUCUGCAAGGUGCGUCGCUCCGGCCACGAUGUGCUCAGCAAGUUCACGUCGCGCGACUUGGAUGUGGAGACGCAGUUCUCGGUGAGGGCCAAUGCCGACGAGGAGGCAGCAGCAGCGGCAGCAACAGCAGCAGCAGCAGCAGCAGCAGAGGAGCAGCCGCCUCAGCAGCUGCUGGAUGUGUCCGUGAAUAUCGUGGAGCGAAAGCGUCUGUGCGCUGGCUGCGACUUCCAUCCCCAUGCCUCCACCUUCAGGCUGAAGCAGAAGCCAGCGGCCAGGAAGUGCCGCCACAGCCAGAAGCCCAAAACCCAGCCCAGCGAGCAGAGCAUUGCCAGCGAGCGCCUGGAGGCCCUGCACCGCGAGGUGUGCAACGAGCUGGACUCGCUGUCGCCCCUUAGGAGUCAGCACGAGGCACACGACGCACACGACGCACACGAUGCACACGGGCCAAUGUUGAGGGUCGUCAAGCCGCUGCAGCUGGCCGCGCGUCGUGUCAAGGUCGAGAAGAGGGGCCCGCCGGAGCGGCUGGCAUUGCCCAAGCUGAAGAUGCCGCCCAGUGUGCAAAGGUGGGAGCUGAAGGUGCCGUCCAAGCUGAGGAAGGGUGCAAAGCCUCAGCCACAGCCACAGGCACAGCCACAGGCACAGGCACAGCCAAAGACUCCGAUCAGAGCCGAAGAUGUGCUGCAGCGGCUUAAGCUCUCGCUGCAGGCGAAACCAGAGGAUGCCCAGGGGGACGGCAGUGAACAGGGAACCGAAAAGGCCAUCCAAGUGCAGUACAGGGAGCCGGAGGCGUGCUUUGUGGACGUCAUACCCUCGGCGAUGAUGGCGCAGGCCAUCGAGGUGAAUGUCUGCAAGGCCCUGAAUCCCAGCUGCUGUGCGGCCAGCCAGUUUAUGCAGCAGCAUCGCAGCCUCGAGCCGGAGCCCACCUCGCCGUUCUUUCGCGAGGACAGCGACCUGGAUCACGAGUACGCCGACCGCAAGGGCUACCUCGACCAGCUGGAGAGCCGGCCCAGCUACCCCACCAGCCAGACGGCGGCGGAGACGCUGCUGUCCGAGUGCCAGCACCGGCCGAUCUUCUUUGAGAUGGAACGCUGUCCGCGCAGGGUGAGUCUGCUGCGCAGCCUCAGUCCGCUGCAGUACACCUCCCAGCGAUCGGAGGAGACGUCCGAGGAGACGCUGCACACUCCCAGCCGGCGGCAGGCGCCAUUGCCAUUGCCACUUCCAUUGCCAUUGCCAUUGCCAUUGCCGCGUCCCCGCAGCGUCAAGCGAUUGCACAAGAAGAUGCCCAAAAUGCUGCACAAGCAGUGUGCGCCGCGACCCCGCGAUCAAUCGUCCGGCAUGGACGUGACGGCCACCACCCGUCAGCCGGGCGGGCGGGACAAGACGAGCGUUCCGCGCCGCCAGCAGCCCAGCCAGCAGUCGCGCCAGCCUGUGGUCCGUGACAAGCCCAAUCAAUCGAUCUCGGCCUCAGGUAUGCCCGGCCCUGUUCCUGUCUCUGUCCCUGUCUCUGUCCCUGUCUCUGUCCCUGUCCCUGCCCCGCUGCCACCUACCACAGCCAGUCCGCAGACGCAGACGCAGACGCAGAAGACGCGUCGCAAGUGCCGCCAGGUGGCGUGCAGCCAGUCGCUGGAGGAUCUCAAGUUCGAGAAGCUGGGCAUCUACAACAAGAUAUCGCUGACCCAGGAGCGGAUCAUCGGGGCGCUGGACCGCCUGCAGAACAGCCUGCUGCAGCUGCAGGUGCCCGAGUGCAACAGCCAGGAGCGAAAGAAGCGGGAGCGGAACGCCUUCGAGUUCUGUGUGCGCUUCUCGCGCAACUUUCUCUAUCCGCUGAAGGGCAUGAUCGACGAUGUGCGGCGCACACCGGUCACAUAUUUCCACAGCGCCACCUCCAACGAGGCCUGCCAGCGGGUGGUGUGCGUCUAUGGGCUGAUGCAUCAGUCGAUUGCCACGUACCAGCGCCAGCUGCGCUACUUCCUGCUGGACAAGGUGCCGCAGAAGCUGAGCGCCCUCAUGGAGAUGAUCUACACGCUGAGCAACACGUGCCUGGAGAAGGGCAUACUGGACAGACACGAUCCGGUGGUCGAGUGCCUGCAGGAGCGCUCCACAAAGUUUCUCACCUUCAUCGAGGACAUGCAGGAGGAGCGCUUCAAGCUGGCCCGCGAGCAGUACCGACGCGCCCACAAGCAGGCGACAACCCAUCAGGCCAAUGCCCAUCCCCAUCCCCAUGCCCAGCAUCCCCAGCAUACCCAGCAUACCCAGCAUCCCAAGCAUGCUCCUGCCAGGAAGCACAAGCAGAACUUCGACCUCAAGAUGUGCCUCAACGAUCACAAGCUGUACGAGCCGCGGCUGGUGCCCAAGAAGAAGCCCCAGGAGCUGAAGCGCACCCGUCUGGUCCGCACCAAGGCCAGCGUGGCCCGCGCCACCGCACCCGGUGCCGAAAAUGCUGCUCAAAAUCUGCCCGAUAUGCUGGUGCAGCAGGCGGGCCUGGAGGAUGUCAAGACGCAGGUGGAAAUGGAUGAGCUGCCGUACAUGAAGUGGCUGGGACUGCCCAAGGCAAAGCUGGCCGAACAGAAGGGGCCAAGGGGCACCAGGGACAGCAGGGACAGCCGCCAUGCCCAGAAGGAGGAUGAGCUGCAGCAGGCGCUGCUCGAGGCAUUCCGCCACGUGUCCAGAUCUCAGGUGCAUCAGGUGCUCGAUCCCCUGAUGCGUUCGCUUGGCACCAUACUGGACGAGAAGAUACCAAAACAUUAAAUUUAACAUUUAAUUUCAAUUGAAUUUAAUUUCUCAAAAUUUAUACAGUGAAGCUUUUGGCAAGACACAAGCCGCGAAAUUUAACCCAAAUUAGACAGGAUAUUCACAGCAAUAUUUAAGCCAGCCCACGAUGGACUUGCAUGUGAAAAGUGGCAGGGAAACUGCACCCAAAACCAAAACCAAAUUAAAAAGUAUUACUCGUGGAAAUAAAGGAAAUUAUAUUGAUUAUAGUUGCAGAUACAUA